AUGCUCGACGCGCUUGACACUGGUUACCCAAUUCGGAAUGCACCGGUGACGGAGAAAUAUGUACCACCACCCUCGAUAAUAGUGCCUGAGAAGCAAUUUCCGAGCCCAAGUCUUGUUGGCAAAAAUUUGAUGAGUUUGCUUACGGAAGAGGAGAUAAAACGACGUCCGCCAGAACGAGAAAAACUUUUUGCAAAAAAUAAAGAUGGAGUUAGGGUUGGUGACGUGCUUUUGGUCGAAAGUUUUACACACCAGGGAAGUGAGUCGACAACCUCCUUCGCCGGCAUUUGCAUCGCGAUCAGGAGACAAGGUGUUGACACCAAUUUCACUUUACGAAAUAUCAUAUCGAAGGUCGGGGUCGAAAUAAGGUAUUCCCUGUUUUCACCGAUGAUCAAGGAUAUCAAGAUCUUACAACGGGGCGAAGGAUUCAGGAGAGCAAAAUUAUAUUACUUGAGAAAUCAGCCAGAAAAGGCUUUUCAGAUGAGCAGUUCGUUAAAAAAGGGACAAACUUCGAAGGUCGAAGUUAAAGCAGGCAAAAAAUGA